UAUCGUUUCGAAGAGCGAUUAAAGUUGGAGAGGCAGAGAGAGAGAGGGAGAGAAAACCCAUAACAAAAGGUGAGACCAGAAGAAUUCGGUUGGCUCAUCAACUGUCUAAAAAACCAAAAGGGAGCAGCUCUUCAAGAAAUAUUAGCUGAUGAACCGAAAUGAACUGACGACGAAUCUUCUCUCAGAGAACUUUAGGCGCGACGAUGCGUUGAGAGCAGCGCUGCGACUGCGAACCUGGCAUAUUUCUAUAUAAAUCCGGUGUACUGGAAGGGAAACCAAACAUUCCUGUUGCAGUCACCUUUCGAGCAGGAUUACCCAGUUAGUCAGUCAGACAGACAGCAAAGUCAAAGGAUAUUCAUUCCAACGAAGGAUAACAAUAAUCAUGUUCACCAAGUCUAUGCUGAGCUUCUCCGUGGUCGUGGCCUUCAUUGCUGUCUGCCACUCCAGUCCCGUUCCGGAUAAUAAUGGCAAGUAUACGGUUUCACAGCAAUCCUCUAGCGAUGGCAAGUAUCGCCCCAGCGACGAUGGAAAGUACCAUGGGAAUACGCAGAACGAAGACCGACGUGGUUCGCAAGAAAGUUUAGGUCGCUAUCACCACAUGCCACAGCCCUAUAGGCAUGUGAGCGAUCAGCGUGAGCUUGGAAUCUACCACCACAUUCCCAAUCCCUAUGAUGGCGGUUAUGGACCUUAUGCCGGCUUGAAUAUUCCCUAUGUCCAUGACGACAGGCCCUACAAACACGUCGAGUACACAACCACUACGACAAAGAAACCCACCACCACCACGAAAAGGACGACGACUACAACCACCACGACCACUACCACUCCCAGGAGUAUCCUGUUCAACUACGAUGAUGAGGGUCGCCACAAGAUUCUGCACAAGGAAGAGAUCCGCAAGCAGGACAAAUACGAUCAUUCUUACCUGACCGAGAAUGGAAUCUAUGGCGAGGAACAGGCCAAGCUUCACCACACUGGAGGAACCCAUGCCAAGGGCUUCUAUGAGUACACCGGUGAUGAUGGCAAGCUUUACCGCGUGAACUAUGCCUCCAACGACGGUGGCUUCAUGCCUCAGGGAGACCAUAUCCAUCCAAUUCCCGAAGCCAUUGCCCGUGCCCUUAAAUACGUCGAGGAGCAGCACAAGAUCAAUGGAGGUGCUCAGUUCGAUCAUCGCGGCUUCCGCAUCAAUCACAUGACCAAGGAAAUUAAGGCACAGAUCAAGGCAAUUCAUUUUGACAAAAUGCCCAAGGAGCUGAGCGAUCAACUUCACGAGCUUGAGCACGAGGUGGAGCUUGCCGAGGAGGAAGAACGUAAGGAGCAGGCCGAACUGGAGCGCCUGCGCAAGGCCAAAGCCAAAGGUGGUCAUUAAGUGACAGCCUUGAGCUCGCCUCAUCCACAGCCAUAUGUUCCCAAGCUAUCCCCAAGCCCCCAGAAACAGUCCUAGUCCAUCCAAAAUCCAACAUCCAAAUCCAUUCCCCAUGCAUUUGCCGAGUGAUCAACGGGCAAACCCUAUAACAAGCCAUCGCAAUACCGAGAAAAAAAUCCACAAAAAAAAGGAAAAGGAAGUUGAAGAUUGUCAGCAUCGAAUUGCAAACCGGAAAAGAUUCGUACAUAUAGUCCGAUGAUCCUAUGUUAUUUCGUAUUUAUUUAUCUGUCGAACUUGUCGAAUUUUGACGAUGUUGCUAUGCAUAAGAUAAUUAAUUUGUUAUUAUGGUAUAUCGAAAUAAAAACUACUAAAUAUUUGUUAUAAA